AUGUCCAAUCCAAAGGACAUCUCGGACGACGACGACGACGACGAUAACGACGUUCCUUUGAUGGUGCGACAGAAACUCGUCAAGUUGGCGCAACAGAGAGAUGACUCUUUGUCACCGCCCUCGGACGAGGACUGCCAAGCCGUCGCGAGCGAACAUAACGUUAGCGUUAAUGUUGUGCGGGAGAUUUUCGCUUCUACGCCGCGCAUCUCCGCCUCUGCCGCUCCCGCGGUAGAGGCGGAAGAGAAGGCGGCGCCGAAAAGAGGCAAGCGUCAAUCGGCCAUCGAAGCUUCGGCGUUCAUUCAAAAUAACGUAAACGGAGAGAAAGACGAUGAUGAUGGUGACGACGACGACGACGACGACAAUAGCGACAACGAACGUAAAAAAUCGGGUGCUGAAGCUGCUUCUAAUAACGGCUCAAUAGAUGAUGAAGAUUUCAAACCUGCCGCGUCGGCGGUGAAAAGAGAAGAAACUGGAGACCUUUUUUCGGAGUCUCUCGCGAGCACAUUAAACUCGAAAGGUGGCAUUAAAUCCAUCGACGCGCUACUACAAUACACAGAACUCAUGAAAUCGUGUUCAGACGCUCGCGUGGUGAAGAAUGCGGACAAGAAAAGAGUCGUUUUGUUAUCGCCUCUCCUCCGCACCGAUGUCGGCGCCAAGGAGAAAAAUAUCCUCAACGCGGUAGUAGGUGGAAAGACUGAUGGCGAAGUGUUGGAUAUAUUAGCCGCGUGGCUGAACGAUUCGGCGACUAGACAUUCCUCAGACGUUCUAGUAUCAAUUUUACGAUGCAUGAAGAUGCUUCCUGUCACCACCGCGGCGUUAGAGCGCACCGGCUUGGGCAAAAGUGUGAAAAAAUUAAAGAAAUACGUCUUUGUCCCUCAAGCCGACGACGAAAAUGCGGCGGAAUCGAAAGAAGCGGCAGAGAAAGUACCCAAACUAUCCGACCAGCUCUUCGAACGAUGGAAGCAAAAAGCGUUAGAAGAGUUGGAGCGCUCGGAGAAUGAAAAACGAACCGAGGCGGCGAACAAGAAACGAAAAUUAGAACGCGAGAAGAAAGAGGCUGAAAAGGCGACAAAAAAGGAAAAGAAAAAAGCGAAAGUGCAAUUAAAGGAAGCGGACGAUAUCGAUGAUGUUAUCAAGAAGCAGAAGAAAGACGUGACGCAGAAAGAAACCAAGACCACGACUACGACAGUAACGCGAACGGUCGUUUCGAGACCGGCGAUCAUAGCGCCCGCGGGAACUACGACGCCGACGACAACGGAAACUUUGAAGAAAAGAAAAGCUCGCGAACCCGUGGCCUCUGCCGCUACUGAUGCGACGAAACCAAAGCAGACGAAGAUUGGUAGCGUUAGCGCUAGCAUGCUGUACAACUCCGCUUCGAAAGAAUCGAGUAAGAAGAUUGGCGUACCCUCUGCGCUCCUCGCCUUACAAACCAAAAAGGAAAAGAAAGUGAAGAAGGCAUAUUUCGAGACACACUUGCCGUAUUCCGACGAUCCAAACGAAGUCAAGUUUAAGCACAAGAGCGAACGCGACGCAGAGGAUGGAAAAGCGAAACCGAAGAAGAAGAAAUCGUUGACGUGGGCGAGCAGCGACGAACUCGAACAGAGAAAGAUUUACGUUCCCGAUCCGAAUGAUUGGCUCAUCAAGUACGACGAUAAGAGCGCCGGCAUGGACGUGGAUGACGAUUCUGACGCAUCCGUCGAAGCUGCGUUGAAACGCAAAGCUCGAGAAGAAGAGUCUGAACGGAACGCCGCGGCGAAAGCGAGAAAACGGAAGAUGGAGCAGAUGCGAGCGACGACAUCUUGGAAGAUACCGAAAGAUAUACCGCGCGAUCCCGAACUCAACAUCGCUUGCGGCGAGGAUUCGCGAGAGUUGCACAGAAUCGCAGGAAUCGUUGCGAGAAAGAAGGCGGCGGUGUAUAAAGACAGAAAAGAAGUUCCGGAUUCGCCCGCCGAGGCGCCAAAAGAAAAGGCGAACGAAGACGAGAUGCUCGAAAUUCCGAUUCAACUUGCGGUUGAGCCGGCGCAACAGCAACCGCAACACCAACCGGCGCCGCCGCCGCCGCAACCGCAACAAAUGCAGUACCAACAUCCACCACCGCCUCCAGUGCACCAGCAGCAAGGACCGCCAAUAUACACCCAACCUCCACAAGCUGGCAUGCAAUUCCCACCCCCUCCUCCUCCUCCUCAACAACAACAAUCCGCCGCGCCGCAGCUCAAUCAAGCCGCCAUCCAAGCGCUGUUGAACCAAUUCAACAGACCAGCUGGCGGUCCUCCACCAAGCGCGGGAGGAUUCAACAUGCCUCCACCUGGUGGUGCUGCUCCACCACCUCCGACGAUGACAACGAGAGCGCCGGCUGUAUCGCACGCGAGAGCCGGCGUCGUCACCUCGGCGGCCAAGAGUCACCCUCGCGGCGUGUGCGCCUUUUUCAACUCCGCGACGGGAUGUUCCUGGGGAGAUAAGUGCGGCUUUUUGCACCAAGUCGGUCUCACCGCGGAGAAACCAAAGAAAAACCCUGGACCCGGUGGUGCUGCUGCGCCUCACGCUGAUAUUAAUAGUAACAACACCGUUCAUUCCUAA